GUCCAGGAGGAAUCAAUGAUAUGAUGUCCUCCUAAGUGACAAAAACAAGUUUAGUUUUUGUCACUUGCACCCGAAAGUGACACAGUGGAAGUAAUUUGCUAAAUAUUUGGCUCUAGAAGUUUGUGAGAUUAUGAGUACUCACUGAGCUGACUGGUGAAGCAGUAGCUGGCCUGGUAACCACCGAUAAGCUAGCAAGUUGUUGACAUGCUUGAGCUAACCAGUCACAAAAGCUCUCCUUCUAACCUCUUUCUAUUUAUCUCAGCAUUGGGCCGGUUUACUCCCCCUGACAGUUUGUCCCCAGGACUGUACAUCAUUUUAUUGAAUAAACAGAGGAAGAGGGGAAAAAGUCUCCAAGCUACGACCACUAACAGGACAACAACCAUGGACUCCUGUUACCAAACUGUGUCGUGGAAGCUGUUUUAAAGAAACUCGAUCCAGAGGACGGCGAGCAGAUCAUGGAGUAUUUUAAAACUCACGCCAUGCUGGCGAGAGAGAAAGCACUGUUGCAGGCGUCGGUCAGAGAUCAAAAGAAGCUGCUGGUGGAAAACAGCAAACUGAAGAAAGACAUCGAGCAGCUGAAGAAUCAGCUGCAGGAAAAACAGAGGCGACGCAUCGCCAAGGCUUUGUUCUCCACGCCUUCUCCAACCCGUAGCCCCGCCCCCACAACGCAACCUCCCUCCACCGCUGGAGCAUCAGCUGCUGUUCCAACAAAUCCUCCUCCCCCCUCCUCUUCCUCCUCACAUGACCGGAGAGAGAGGCAGAGCAGGAGGAAGAGAGGAGAGAGGAAAGCUCGUCCCACCUGUGACUUGCUCUCCUUGGGGGUGGAGCCUCAGGUUGACGUGUCACGACUGGACCUGCGGGUUGGACGGAUCCUCGGCGUCCGCCACCACCCACUGGCCGAGGAGCUGUCUGUCCAGGAAGUGGACGUAGGGGAAAGCGCCGCCCGAACUGUCGUCAGCAAACUGGGAGAGAAAACAGACCUAGAGGAGCUCCAGGGCGGUCUAGCUGUCUUGUUAUGCAAUGUCAAGGCCUGUAAGCUGAAGGGCGUGGUCUCUCAGGCCCGCCUCCUAUGUUGCUCCGCCCCUGAUGACAGCACUGAGCUGCUGGUACCGCCCACAGGCUCCACCCCCGGAGACAGAGUUACCUUCCUCAACUACCCCGGUGACCCGGACAGAGAGCUGCAGUCCAAGCAGAGGGUUUGGGAGCUCCUUCAGCCCGACCUGCAGGUCGACAGCCGGGGCGUGGCGAACUAUAAAGGCUGCGGGUUUGAGGUGAAGGGGAAGGGGCUGUGCAGGGCCCCCUCCCUCACCAACUGCACCAUCAGAUAGACACAGCGAGGGGCCAUCGCACAGGACAUGCCGAAGACAUAAUGUGCACCAGUGUACUUUUAUUGUGAAAAUCAUGCUCUGCUGUGGCUAAGCAACCACAAAAAUCAGCUGCUGACAAACACUUAGCUAGUUAGUAGUUGUUAUCUUACAGUUGCAUCGCUGUUGUUUAUUGAUUAAAAGCUCAGUUGAUCAUAAGUUUCUUCGAGUGUUCUUGAUCUCUGCUUUCAGCUGAUUGGACAGCAGAAAACAAUCUGUGAUGACAUGGUAUUUAUGAAUCUUGUGAUUACUACUAAAUUAAAUGGUGAUAGAUCCUUUAAAUAGGUGUCAAUACCAAAU